UACAAUUUUCGCGACUAGCCUGUUAAUCGUCAAAUUUUAACUCAACAAAAUCGGGAAUAUCCCUGGUGUAUAAUGGAACCCAUUGGGUUGCAACCGGACGUCAUCGACGAGGACAAAUUCCAUCAGGAGCUGGAGCAGAUUCGUUUCUACAUUGCAAACUUUGAUCGUCUGUGCCGGCUGUGUUUGACCAACGAGCGUCUGGUCAAUGUUUACUCGAACGUCCAGGGCAGGAAUGUGUUCUACGUAAGGAAUUUCAUCAAGGAAGCCUUCCGGGUACUGGAGCAAUCGAUCGAUAAAAAGGAUAAAUUGCCUAACUUCAUAUGUGAAAAAUGUGAACGAAAUCUUAGCAUCAUUUACAAUUUCAAGAAGAAAUGUGAUCAAUCUAGAAGAAUUUUGGAAAAAGUUCGAGACAAAACCAUUGUUCCGGAAGAUCUAUUGAAAACAGAAGAUUGUCCUCCGGAGGAAAAGGUUUCAAUUCAAUGCCGGUUCAAGACGAAAGAUGGUAGCGAAUCGACUCCUGCGGAAAUUCUCAAAAAGCUCCCACUAGAGAUUAAUAUAGAAAAAGUACGAGAACUUCCAAGGGCUGACACACCGCCAAGUCUUGUUACUACUAUAGAAUUAGGAGACGCUUCCCUGAAAAUAGAACCCGAAGAAAUCAAGCAGGAAGUGGCAAGCUUAGGGUUGCUGGACAUCAAUUUGGAACUGAACGACAUUGAACAUUUGGUUGAAGGAGGUCCCUCAUUGGAUCAAGAGGAAGCCGAGAGCAAUGAAGAUGGCGAUGACGACGAAGGUGAUUUUUUGGACGAUAGAGACUCGGAUAGCGACUGGAAGCCAGACGAAUUAGCGAAGACGGAAAUAACGGAUGAUACGGGAAAGGAAGAACCUUCCGAGCGCCCUAAGAAAAAGUCUGCAAACAAACAAGAACGUAAAUUUAAGAUGCAAAGCUCGAAGGGUCGUUCAAAGAAGCAACGUAAAGAGAAGACGAUUUGCUCGAUUUGCGGAGCCUUGGUCAACAACAUCAAAAGCCAUAUGGUUAUCCAUGAGGAAGUCCGACCACACCAAUGCGAACAGUGUCCAAAGAGUUUUACCUCUCGCAAUAAGCUCCAAUCACACAUCAAUAGUGUUCAUCUGAAGAAACGAGACUUUAAGUGUGAAGUUUGCGGCAAAGCGUUUCUGGAGAAGAAUAAUCUUAAAGGUCAUCAACGGAUUCACAAAGGCGACCGGAAGUAUAAGUGUGACCUCUGUCCGAAGUCGUUCCUGUUUGCUGGAACGUUACGGUGCCAUAAACUGACCCAUACACAGGAUAAGAAGCAUGAAUGUCAGGUCUGCGGAAAAAUGUUCCUAAUGAGAACCACGCUGAACAAGCACCUGUACGUGCACAGUAACGAGCGACCGCAUAAGUGCGACAUGUGUGAUAAGGCGUUUCGAACGUCCACUCACAAGAUUGUCCACAUGCGAACGCAUACCGGGGAACGGCCGCUGCAGUGUCGCAUCUGUGGCCUUGGAUUUGCCCAUCACAAGGCACGCAGUGUGCAUAUGAAGACCAAGCACGCGGAAGAACUGGCUGCCCUGGACAUGCUCGACGAGAGGGGGCAUCUGAAAUUCUAAGACAAAGGUAA